AUGGAUGGACAACGAAAUGCCGCGGAGGCGGGCGUGCAGCGUGCGCAAGUGGUGGCUGUGAGUGUGAAAAGGGGGCGGGAGGGGGGAAGGAGCCUGCACGUGAAAGGCGUGCUGCUGGCGAGUGCCGCCGCAGGUCGCCGCGGUGGGUGUGUGAAUCAGGUGUACCUGUCCCUCAUGCCGUGUUGCCUUUUGUCGCAGCCAUCGUCCUCCCACUUCAGCGCCAUGGAUGCAUCAUCUGGUGCAGCAUCAGCAGCAGCCGGCAUCGCCUCCUUUCCACCGCAAGAGGCUGCAGCCAUGCAGCCCAGCGCCAUGCAGCCCAGCGCCAUGCCUCCUGCCUACCACUUCCUCUACUCGCAACUAGCCGUUGCCGCUGCCGCCCAGCAAGGCGGCGCAGCCCCAUCAGCAGCUCCAUCAGCCACAGCUGCCACGCCCAGCGCCUGCCACGUGUCGCCCUCGCACGCCGUGCACGCGCCUCACUUCCCCUCCAAUGCGCUCGCUACCGACGGCCUCCCGCGCUCCGACUUCACCCCGCCGCCCAACCACCUGGGCCCAGCGGCGAGUGGCGGCAGGCGGAGAUGGCUCAGGGGGAGGCAUUUGUUGGCGUGCAAGGCAAUGCAAACUCCGCUUACCUCACAGGCAGAUCUGCUGCAGCAGGCGCAGGCGCAGCUGGCGGACCUGGACCAAUCGGCGGGCGCCAACCUGCGCCUGCUGGGCCUCACCCUGCCCUCUGCGCAUUCCUCCCUGCCGGACCAACACCCCCUCGCAACACCGCCCCCCUCUGCUCCUUUCCACGCCCAAGCUUCAGCCCAGCAACAGCAGCAGCAGGCGUCGCCCCAGUCGCCCCAGCUGCCGCUGCAGGUGUUGAUGCAGCUGCACGGUCUCAUGCACGGCCCUGCCGCCUCUGCCCACCCCUCCGCCGGCCCACUUUCUGCCCAGCAGCAGUCCCCAGCGCAGGUGGCGCAGGCGCUGGCUCUGGCGCUGGGGGCAGGCGGAGAGGGGGACCUUCAGGCGCAGGGCGGCAUGCAUGGGGGACUGGAGCUGGGCGCGGGCAUGAUCGGGGGAAGCAGCUCUGCGCCUGGCACUGGCGCUGGGGCAGGGGGGGGCAAUGAAGGCCUGAUGGGGUCGGGCAUGGUUGGCAUGGACGGUGGGGUGGGCAGCAGUGCAGGGGGGGGAGUCAGCAGCCACAUGCGGCAGGGGCUGCUGGGGGGCGCAGCAAGCAGUGGCGGGGCAGUGGGGGGGGCACGGGGGAUGGGAGGGUUUGGGGGAAUGGGUGAGGGGGUGGGGAGUGGCGGGUGUGGGCAGGGCGAGGCGCAGCUGUUCCCCCAGCAGUGGAUGGCGGGAGGGGGCGUGCACACACCCAUGGCAGCGGUGCAAGGGGGGGUGGCACGCAGCAACGGUGGCGUGUCCCCAUCAUCCGCCCUCUCACCCCAGUCCGCCCCACCGUCCUCCGCGCCCCUCCUCUCGCCGCAUGCGCCUCUGAUCAGCCCAAGGCGCGCGCAGCAUCGGUCGCUGGGGGCGCCUGGCGCAGCAGGCGCAGGGGGGGAGGCGGGUGGGGGGGUGCUGGGCAGGAGGGAAGCAGGCAUGGGGGGCGCGGGUGUGGGCGGGGGGGCGGGGGGGAAGCGGCGGCUGGUGGAGGCGGCGGAUGGCGUGCUCUGCAAGGUGCGCGCCAAGCGCGGCCAGGCCACCCACCCGCGCUCCAUCGCUGAACGGGUGCGGCGAUCGCGCAUCAGCGACAAGAUGAAGCUCCUGACCGACCUCAUUCCCGGCAUGGACCGCCAGGUGCGUGGAGGUAUGGACAGACAGGUGCGUGGGGGCAUGGGCAGGCAGGUGCGUGGGGGCAUGGGCAGGCAGGUGCGUGGGGGCAUGGGCAGGCAGGUGCGUGGGGGCAUGGGCAGGCAGGUGCGUGGGGGCAUGGGCAGGCAGGUGCGUGGGGGCAUGGGCAGGCAGGUGCGUGGGGGCAUGGGCAGGCAGGUGCGUGGGGGCAUGGGCAGGCAGGUGCGUGGGGGCAUGGGCAGGCAGGUGCGUGGGGGCAUGGGCAGGCAGGUGCGUGGGGGCAUGGGCAGGCAGGUGCGUGGGGGCAUGGGCAGGCAGGUGCGUGGGGGCAUGGGCAGGCAGGUGCGUGGGGGCAUGGGCAGGCAGGUGCGUGGGGGCAUGGGCAGGCAGGUGCGUGGGGGCAUGGGCAGGCAGGUGCGUGGGGGCAUGGGCAGGCAGGUGCGUGGGGGCAUGGGCAGGCAGGUGCGUGGGGGCAUGGGCAGGCAGGUGCGUGGGGGCAUGGGCAGGCAGGUGCGUGGGGGCAUGGGCAGGCAGGUGCGUGGGGGCAUGGGCAGGCAGGUGCGUGGGGGCAUGGGCAGGCAGGUGCGUGGGGGCAUGGGCAGGCAGGUGCGUGGGGGCAUGGGCAGGCAGGUGCGUGGGGGCAUGGGCAGGCAGGUGCGUGGGGGCAUGGGCAGGCAGGUGCGUGGGGGCAUGGGCAGGCAGGUGCGUGGGGGCAUGGGCAGGCAGGUGCGUGGGGGCAUGGGCAGGCAGGUGCGUGGGGGCAUGGGCAGGCAGGUGCGUGGGGGCAUGGGCAGGCAGGUGCGUGGGGGCAUGGGCAGGCAGGUGCGUGGGGGCAUGCAAAGGCAGGUGAAGAGUGGGGCAAGGAGGAGGUGGAGUGGUAAGGGCGAGCUGCAGCAGCAGCAGGUGAGGAGUGGUGUGGUGUGCGCAAGAGAAACAGUCACAAGUGGUGUACAUUGUGUGAAUGCGGCGGACAUGUUGGAGGAUGCCAUUGAGUAUGUGCGCCACCUGCAGCGGCAGAUCGAGGUGGUGCGCGCGCAGCACCCCGACGUGCACAUCCAGCCCUUCGUGAGCCGCCUGGACAGCCAGCAGGGCGCAGGCAGGGUGGACGAGGCCGGGGCGGAGGCCACGGACUGGGAUCCAGGGGCGCGAGGGGAUGGGGAGGGUGAAGAGGAGGAGAGAGGAAUUGUGAGGAACGGGGACGGUCCAUCUGCAAGAGGGGGAGCAGGGGUUGAGGGUCGAAUGGAUGCUGGUGGAUUGGAGGCUGUUAAGGAUGAGCAUAUGUGUUCUUGCGGAUUGGCGAUCGACGACAUGACAGUCCCACAUCACGUUGUUCGGUGCCUACGGUUUGCAGUCGCCACGACGAUCCAAGACACAGUCAAGUUCACGCUCAUGAAUAUUGCGCACGAUGCGGGGUUUGUUGUGACAGUGGAGGACAUGACGCUGAUCCCUCAUCUGGGAGGAGGCACGCACGUGCUUGAUGUCGUUGUUUGA